GCUGCACCAGCUCCCUGAACCGUCUCCCUUCCUUUUUAAGGAGGAAAGGUCCACAGUGACAGCUCCAACUUAGUUGUUUCUGUAGAAAAACCACCACAACACCCUUUGCAGCUCCUGGCUGGGCGUCCCGGGACAACGAGCACUUCAGGUUCUGGAAAAAGCUGCUGCUUCUCAUUGGCUCCUGGGGAUUCUUCUCUGUGCAGACACCUUUCCAGGCUAAGGUACCUGCCAAGAUGCUCCACUUACAAGGCCCGCAGAUGCUGCAGAUGCUAGAAAAAUCCUUGAGGAAGAGCAUCCCUGAAUCCUUAAAGGUUUAUGGGACCACCUUCCACAUAAACCAAGGAAACCCUUUCAAGCUAAAGGCUCUGGUGGACAAGUGGCCUGAUUUUAAUACAGUGGUUAUCCGCCCUCAGGAGCAGGAGAUGACAGAUGACCUUGAUCACUACACCAAUACUUAUCAAGUCUACUCCAAGGACCCUAAGAAAUGUCAGGAAUUCCUUGGCUCACCAGAAGUCAUCAACUGGAAGCAACAUCUGCAGAUUCAAAGUUCACAGUCCAGCUUGGAUGACGUGAUAACAAAUCUUGCAGCUAUUAAAUCGGGCAAGGUCAAGCAAGCACAGUGCUUUCUCUAUAUGGCCUCUGAGCCUACAAAGAAAUUGGCUACUUCUCUGCUGGAGGCAAAAAAUGUAUCAGUCAAUAGUGGUAAACACAAACCCAGAAACGGCGAAGCGAUAGGACCUAACUCGAGUUAGUGACUUCCCGGCACAGCAGAGGGAGAAGGCCUUGGGGUUCUGCUCGCAGACCCCGCAGGGUGAAAGCGUGGAAGGGAGACGACGUGGGCAACAGGAGACCGUGAGUAAGACGCACCGGCGUGCAGCUGGCACAGACAUGCCUAAGAGAUGGCUCUUGGUCGCCCUCUUGAUGUUUGCUCUACAACCUCAAGUACCGGGAAGCCUGCUACACGCCGAAAGUUCUCAUGCGAUUCUUAACUUUUAAUGUUAGAGAAUAGAGGAAAGGGCUGUGCUGAACAAAGUGAAGUGAGUCAGGAAGAGAAAGAUAAACACAGUGUCGUGAUGCCUACUUAUGGAAUCAGCAACACGGUACUGGCGAGCCUAUUCACAGGGCAAGAAAGGAGACACAGGACGAGAAAACAGGCUUGUGGACGCAGUGGAGGAAGGCGGCGGCGGGGCAAACGGAGAGAGACGCACUGGCGUAUCCGCACGGCCGCGCGCAAAGCGGGCAGCUGGUGGGAAGCUUCUGUUCAGCACAGGGAGCUCAGCUCUGAGCCCUGUGAUGACUGGAGGGGAGGAAUGGAGGCGUGGAGGGAGGCUCAAGAGGCAGGGAAUGUGUGUAUACAUAUAGCUGAUUCGCGUUGUACAGCAGAAACCAAUACAUGAUUGUAAAGCAAUUAUCCUCCAAUUAAAAUAAAUAAAUAAAACCCAAACCUGAAAGGGGGAAAAAAAGACUGAGUUUCCCUGGAGUGACUAGGACACAGAGACGACGGUAGCAUGGUGAUAGAAUGCAUAAUCUGAACCCACUGUGGACCAUGAUGGGGAGCAUAGGUCUGGCAAACUCAGCCCCCAGUUACUGACUGUACUGCUGAAGGCCUCAGGACCUCUUGGCAACCACUGGACAGUCUGUGCUCUGCAUGGAGAGCUAACGAGCCAUUUCUUGAGAACCAGACGUUUGGUAUUUUAAAUUAUUGCUGUCGUCAUUCUUAAGGUGCUUCUAAGGUGGAUGACACUUUACCAAGUGAGCAAGAUGAAAACCACUGAAGAAAAUAUAGGAAAGAAAUCAUUGCAACUUGAGUAGGGAAAAGAUUUUUCCAUGGGAUACCAAAAGCACCAUUCAUAAAAGCACAAAUUAAUACGUUGACUUUGAAGGAAACCAGAAUGUUAACCCCAAAAGAGAAAAAACAUACAGUUUAGUAAAACAUAAAGUGCACAUCGUUCAGGAGAGACCUAAACCAAAAGUAACUCAAAACGGUGCCCUGGGACUCCGACGUACAUAGUGUCUUCAGCAAGAAUAACAAAUUUGUAGAGAAAUGACAGGGUGAAGGAAGUUAGGCUUCCAAGGAGGGCAAAAUAUGAGAAGUUAAAUAUACAGGAGGAAAAUUAUGGGGCAAAGUUUGUUUGCAGAUUCCUCUGGGCUGAUAAGAAUCUGGCUUGGAAAAAGUACAAUUUAUAUUCCGCCUUUAGGCGGAAAAAGAGGAGCUUUUCUGUUUGCUGGGACUUCCCUAUAGCUCAGAUGGCAAAGAAUCUGCCUGAGUGCAGGAGAUCUGGGUUCAAUACAUGGGUCAGAAAGAUCCUCUGGAGAAGGAAAUGGCAACCCACUCCAGUAUUCUUACCUGGAGAAUCCCAUAGACAGAGGAGCCUGGUGGGCUACAAUCCAUGGAGUCACAAAGAGUUGGACAUGAUUAAGUGACCAACACACACAAUUUCAAGCACAAGUUUGCUGCUUCUGCAGUUCAGUUCAGUUCAGUCCAAUCGCUCAGUCAUGUCUGACUCUUUGUGA